CAAAUAAAAAUAAUUACAAAAAAGUAACAACUCUAAAUUAGUAGGUAGGUAGGUAUGUAAAAACUUCAAAAAUUAGAUUUCUUUUCGUAGCAAUUUUCUUUUCUUGUAGGACCACAAAAAAAAAAGAAAACAUCUGAAGGAGGCUUAUACACAGUUGUAGCAUUUAGUUUAUCUUUAGGUUAUCUCAUUUAUCUGCUUGUUUUCUAUUUUACCAAUUAGUUCCUUCCUAAAAUUACAUCCAAAAUAAAAAAUCAAACUAAUUUAUAAGAUAUUACAUUUAAUGAGAGCGUCUUUGGAUUUACUUUUAGUAGCAAUGGAUAGACUUUAUAGUAAUUGCAGUAAUCUACAGGCAAGUAAUAUCUCAUUUUCAAAGCUUAGUAUGCUUCUAUAGCUUUGCAAUAAUAAAAUUAUUAUGAUCUCCCAAUCACAUAUUGCACUGAUUAAAAUUUUUAAGGCUAUUUGUGUCUUGACUUUAAUAAUAUGUCUGAUGUUGAAAAGACUUUGUUUACUGAUCCAACAUCAUAAUCAAUAUCUUAAUUUGUAUUAACAGUUUAGCCUUGUACAGGAUUACCUAAUUGUGCAAGCCCUGCUGAAAUCCAAAGUAAAAUAAUUGACAGUAACUUCUAGUUUUAUUUGAAAAUUAGAAUUAUUCAGUACAAUGAACAAUCUCAAAAAUAUGAAGAAGGAUUUCAAAUAGAUUUGAUUCAAUUUGAUGAUAACUUAGCUCUAUAAAAUUAAUACUAAUUGACAUAAUCUAUUACUACAGUAAAUCAAGGUUUCCUUUUUUAAACAACAUCCGUUUCUAAGUUUAUUUCUGGUUAUUAGAAAUCUUCCUCCUAUUACACCCUCAAUAAUCUACUUCAAAAAGCAGGAUUUACUGGAUAUGCUUAAUUUGUAUUUUAAAUUUAGCAAAAUUAGGAGAUAAAUCAAAUACAAUAUCCACUUAUUACUGAAGCUUUAGCUCAAUUCAUGCCUAUAGUAAAUAUUUUAUUUACAAUAGGUAUUUUAACAAGAUUGUUUUCAGAAUCUAAAAUAGUGGAAAAUAUUAAUACAUUAUACUUAAAAGAAUAUUACAGAAGCACUGCUCUUAAAUUAUUAUCAAAUGAAAAAAAAAAUAAAAAUUUAAAAAGUUAUAGUAGUGAUAAUAAGAAUAAUAUAAUUGAAUAAAAUCAAAUAAAUUAAAAGAGCGAUCAAACCCCACUUGAAAGUAAUAAUUUAAAUAGCGAAACCAAAAAAAAUUCAAACAAUCUAUUAACAGCUGAUUAAAUUAUUGAUACUCAAAAAUAAAUUGAUGAAACUGUAUUUUUAAAUGAAGAAAAAUCUAAAUUUUAGGCCAAUUUUUUCUAAUUCUACAAAUAAUACUUCUUUGGUAAUUUGAUAAAAUAAACUUCUCAAAAGGAAGCGAUGUAUCAAAAGAUGUGCAAUUUCACUAAAAAAUCUAUAGAUAUUUUCGAAUUAUACAGGAAUUUGAUGAGGGUUAAUAAGGCCAUUAAAAUGCUUAUGAGCAAAGAAUAAUAUGCUGCUCUUUAAUUUUGUGGAUGUGAGAUGGAUUUAGAUUAAAUAGAUUUUGAAAAGAGCUCUACUUCAGCUAUAAAUAAUAAUCAAAAGCUUAUUAGUUAAAUUAAUGAUAACUAAAAUAGUAAUAAUAAUCAUCCAAAUAAUUAAGCAGCUAUAUAUCCUACUUAUGCGAUAGAUAUAGAAGAGGGUAAAAUUCAAUAAAAGACCAAUCUAAAUGAAGAAAAAAAUAGUUUAACUAUGAGCGCUGCUGGUGUUGAUAAUGGUUUAUCUAUUAAAAAAUAAGCGUAUGAUAGCUAUAAAACUUAAUUAUCUAAAUACAAGGAGUAAUAGCUAUCUUAAAAAAAAAAUGAUAACUAAUCUAUUGAUUCUGAAAUAUAACAAUCAUUGUCAAAUUCAAACUAAAUAAAUAACCACCUUUAGCAGUAAGAAGAAAUUCUAUCAAACAAAAGUAUGCUACAUUUUUAUCUGAACAAAUUUAUAGAUAAAAUAAAUAAGAAUUAAAAUUUAACGCAAAUAGAUUUAAAUAUUUAUUCAUCUCUUAUAGGAAGAAUUGCGCCAUCUUAGGAAUAAGAGUAAGUCUAUAACAUAAACUGA